AUGCGUCUCCCAUAUGUCCCAGAUCCGCCCAACUUCACCAGCCCCGAAGAUCAAGCCGUGGAGCAGCGAGCCGAGUCUUACGAUGACAGGAACUCCUUUCUCGGGGCGAUUCGCACCAAGACGAGCUUGUCAACUUCGGUCCGGGAAACAGCCAUUUGUCGUGUUGCCGUGUUGAACAAGGCGUGGUAUGAAUGGGAGAGUCAUUCGCCUAUCUUGAAGAGUGGAGAGGGUAUCACGGAUGCCCAUGUCUCUGCUGUGCUGGAGUCUGCGCCUCACAAGGUCAAUGAUGGAAUUCAGUCCGAGGCUUUGGCAGCAGUCUUGACAUAUACAGAUGCCAUGACUCUGAACGUUACUGUUCCGGACGAAGUAUUUGCCAAGCUCAAAAACCAUCACAGCGAGCAAGAAGUUGUCGAGAUUACGGCAACUGUCGCUGCGUACAAUUGUGUCAGCAGGUUUCUAGUUGCGCUUGACGUUGGCGAGAGGAAUUGGCAAAAGGGGCCGUUGGAGGGCGGAAAGGAGUGA